AUGAACCGAUUGCCGUCGCCGAUUCUUGUUCUUUUCCUGGUUGGUUUGGUCCGUGCCGAGGAAGUUCAGGAGAGCCUUUCGUCCGCUGCGAAUGCGGCUAUUGCGGUAAGUAGUUUUUGUUAGUUUAAUACUAGGGUCAUUCGAUCUAGCUGGCCUAAAUUUCGAAAAAAAUAGUUCCUGGAAAAGUGAACAAGUCAAAAAGAUGAAGGCAGCCAUUAGUGAACCACGUUUUAAAUUCAUGAUAUCCGUCGAUUAAAAAUGAGAAGCUUUUUAAAAUUUCCUUUAUAAAGAAGUUGUUGUACUGGCAGUACAGUACUGCGCUAGUUCUUCUUACCUUGGGAUUUUAAAAUGUUGAUCGAACCUUCCAUCAAACUACCUUUUCCGCCCCGUUUUCACUAACACUUUUUAGAGGAUAUUGGAUCGCGCCGGCGACAAGACAAUGGAGCAGAUACGUUCCGAAAUAGACAAGGCUGGUUGAAAAACCAACAGUUUCACGAGAUUCAUUUCCAAAUCUCAGGUAGUCGACGGGCUCGAUGAGCAGACGCAGAAAAGUCAUGAAGAGUGGAAAAAGCAGGUGGAGCAGGACGAGCGAGCUCGAAUGCAGAGGAUCCGGGUUUGUGAAUUCCUUUUGGAUUCUAGUUACUUGUGAGGUUUCUUGGUCCUUCGUAAACUUUUUUGGGAAUCAUGGAAGAAAAAUGACUCUACUUAGUAAUUUUAUAGUGGUCUCUAUAGGGAUUAAGGGCCGAAAAAGUGGUCCAUAAAAGGUAAAAUCCAGAUGAUCCCUAUAGGGGUUUAGGGUCUGACCCGCUUAGACCCUAAAGCUUAAGAGGAUCCUAUAGAGGUGUUUCAUAUUCAUUCAAAAAAAAUUAUUUGUUAGUUUUCCGCAUGGAAAUGCUUCUUCACAUAGAGUUCAUGAAAAUUAUUGACUAGCAUGACCCCUAGAGGGGCCACAUGGAGUACUUUUGCAAGCUUCGGUGGCUUAUGGGGCUUGAUAAAGUGGUCCCUAGAGGGUUUCCUUCAAGGGCUUCUAGGAUGCCCCUGUAGGGACCACUCUGGAGCUCCUAAGUAGGUCAUCAGAAAAGUUUUUCAGUAAAAAAAUUUGAGGUUUUUUUCUUUCAUGUAGAAUCAUGAAAAUUUUAUCUAGUUAACUAUACGUUUCGGAGUAUUUUUAAAGUUUAGAUUUCUGAUUUGCUCGUAUUUAUUUUUGCUAGUGUUUCAAAAGCCAAUCAUUCCAAUUUAGUAGUAUAGGAACGAGGGAUUAUACUACCAUUUCUAAUAUUUCAGUCAUUUCAAUACAUUUUCAUUCUCUGAAGUCAAAGAAUCAUCUCAUUUACAACAGUUUUCUCGAAAAUCAUCGAAAAUGAGUCCGUUUUCAGAGCACAAAAAGUGCUUAUUUUCAAUAAUUUUUGUGCAUUUUCGACCACUUUUUCGUAGAGAUGCCGAUUUAAUUUUUAAUUUUCUCUUUUCAUGCUUAAAUGCGCAAAAAAUGUAUCGUUUUCACACUUUUUAGAAAAUCAAGGGUUGUCGAAGGAUGUCGAUUUUAUAAAGGGGUUUUUGGAUUUAAAACAAAUCGAAAUUUGUUAAUGGUUUCAAAUUAUGUUCGAAUUUCAUUUAUUGAGCAGUAUUUUUAUUGAAAAAAGACGAUACCACUUUCUUUAUAAAAUCUACAUCCUUCGAUAUCCCUUGAUUUUUCAAUUUUUUUGUGCUCUGAAAAAGGGAAUCAUUUUCAAUGAUUUUUUUGAGAAAACUGUUGUAAAUGAGAUGAUUCUGACUUCAGAUGAUGAAAAUGUAUUGAAAUGACUGAAAUAUUAAAAAUGGUAGUAUAAUCCCUCAUUCCUAUACUACUCAAUUUCCAAAGUUUUAUUUUUGAAGAAACCACUAAACAACACUCGAUCCGAACCGUUUUCGUGCAACUCUUUCCAAAUGAUAUAACUUUUCCAGGAAGCUUUACCGAAGCUUUCCCCACAAGCCCAACAACGCUUGAUCCGAAUCGUUUUGGUUCAACAAAACGGAAAAUUCACGCCAAAAGAGAAACAAGACCUUCUGAAACAAAUUUCUUUCACCCUAGACGCCUCGAUUCAAAAAGAACUAUCCCAAAACCUAUCUGAAACUGACCUGUUCUCCGUUCUGUACUAA